GCAGGGCUCAGCAGGGAGAAGGUCGCAGCCUUCGCCAGGAAACAGCAGCGCGACUCGCUCUUCAGACUUGCCCAGAACGUGACGACCACCAGCGGCUCCCUGCAAGUGUGUCUGGACCGGCAGGUGGUGCAGGACAGGGUGCCCGUCUUCCAGCAUGCCCUGCCGGCAGAGGGCAAGCCCGUCACUAACCAGAAAAAGUCAGGGAGAUGUUGGAUAUUCUCCUGUCUGAAUGUGAUGCGUCUGCCUGUCAUGAAGAAGUUUAAUAUUGAAGAGUUUGAGUUCAGCCAAGCAUAUCUCUUCUUCUGGGACAAGAUUGAACGUUGCUACUAUUUUUUAAAUGCCUUUGUGGAAACGGCUCAGAAAAAUGAGCCUAUAGAAGAGAGGCUGAUGCAGUUCCUGCUUUCCAACCCCACCAGUGAUGGAGGACAAUGGGACAUGUUGGUUAAUCUUAUCGAAAAAUAUGGUGUUAUCCCCAAGAAAAAUUUCCCUGAAUCUCACACCACAGAGGCCACAGGAAAGAUGAAUGAGAUUUUGAAUCAUAAGAUGCGGGAGUACUGUUUGCGACUAAGAAACAUGGUAGCAAGCGGGUCAACUAAGGAAGAACUCGAUGGAGCAAAGGACGCUAUGAUAGAGGAGGUAUUCAGAAUAGUGAGCAUCUCUUUGGGGAGCCCCCCCGAGACCUUCUCCUGGGAGUUCCGAGAUAAGGAGAAGAACUACCAGAAGAUCGGUCCCGUGACACCACUGCAGUUCUACCAAGAGCACAUCAAGCCGCUCUUCAACAUGGAAGACAAGAUUUGUCUAGUGAAUGAUCCUCGACCCCAGAACCAGUACAACAAGCUCUACACCGUAGCAUAUCUGGGCAACAUGGUGGGAGGGAGAAAAACGCUCUACAACAACCAGCCUGUUAACCUGUUGAAGAAGAUGGCUGCAGCUUCCAUUAAAGAUGGCGAGGCUGUGUGGUUUGGCUGCGAUGUUGGAAAACACUUCCAUGGCAAGCUGGGCAUCCUUGAUAUGGAGGUGUUUGACCAUGAGCUGGUGUUCGGUGUCUCCGUCAAGAACAUGAACAAAGCAGAACGAUUAAUCUUUGGAGACUCGUCGAUGACCCAUGCCAUGGUCCUCACUGCCUUCUCGGAGAAGGAUGGACAAGAAGGAUCAUUUGAGAAAUGGAGGGUGGAGAACUCCUGGGGUGAAGAUGGCGGCGUUAAAGGUUACCUGAUCAUGACGGAUGACUGGUUUUCUGAGUAUGUGUACGAGGUGGUGGUGGAUAAGAAGCACGUGCCAGAAGACGUCUUAGCAGUGAUGCAGCAGGAACCUAUUGUCUUACCAGCAUGGGACCCCAUGGGCUCACUAGCAAAGUGAACUGCAGAGCAUUUGCCUCCCAGUGCACAACCAGAAGUAGAUGUAAAAUAGAAACCCAGAAACCAGAAGCCAUAGCCAAAUGAUGUGACCAAGCGCAGACCUUGGGCUAUAGUCUUUAAAUGUAUGCUAAGGAUCUUUUCAGGAAACCGCUUUACUGAAUGGCCGAGUGAAAAAGGGUGUCAGACUACUCUGCACCUGCACAGAAAAUUUGCCCACCUCAUCAUGCUACUGUAUAAGUGCUUUCAAUGACAGUUGGAUUUUAUCUCUUUAAUAGUGAACAUAACCCUGUGAAACAACUGUUUUGGUUGGUGCAUUCCAUAGGAGAUGACUGUAGAUGGCCAUGUUAUAGGAUAACGAGCUUAGUGAUAUUGAUUAGAAAAGAACAGCAAAAUGUUUAUAAUUAGUCAUUCCUGUUUUUACUUGUACUAUAAAAGUAUCCAAAUUCAGUAUUGGCUUAACUGUGUUUCGAGAGAGCUGUUUACAUUUACCAGGAGUUGGUCUCAAGGAGGUAGGUGCGUAAACUUGGUUCAGCUUAAGAGUAACUUUUCCAAAAUUUAUCCUGUUCCAAGAUGUACUUCAUCUGAUUGCUUUCUGCUCUGCCCUGUGAGCGUAUGACCAACUGAUUCUGGUGGGUAAAACUUAAAAAAAAAUAAUUAAUUUUACACUGAUUCUAGUGGGUGUUAAUCUGUACCCGCAAGAAUGAUUUUCAAUAAGAAUAGAACAACCACAAACCUGUUCAGAGAGAAUAUGGUGCUGGUUUUUAAUUAUUGCCUUUUAGUUGGACGUCUUCAACUCAAUGGUGCUAUGAAGCUUUUAAUUAAAACCCUUUCUGGAGUUUUAGGUA